AUGAUCAUCCGGGAGCUCGGGCGCGGCACGCACGGCAAAGUCAAGCUGGCGUUCGACACGGCGGCCGGGGAGUACUUUGCGAUCAAGAUAAUCGACAAGGAGUCCCGCGACCGGCGGCUGCGCCCGGGCGCGGCGGCGGCGCGGGCGCACGGCAACGUGCGCAUUGAUGUGGACAAGAUGGAGAAGGUCAAGCGCGAAAUCGCCAUUCUGAAGAAGUGCUGCCACCCGAACGUCGUGCGGCUGCACGAGGUCAUCGACGAUGCGCACGCGCGGCGCAUUUACCUUGUCAUCGAGUUUAUGGACGGCGGCGAGAUCGCCUGGCGCGACAACGACGGAAUGCCGAAGAUGGGCGCUGCCGAGGCACGCAGUGUGUUCCGCGACCUGGUGCUUGGCGUCGAGUACCUGCACUACGUCGGCGUGCUGCACCGGGAUCUGAAGCCGCAGAACCUGCUGUGCAAUAAGGCCGGUCGUGUGAAGAUCUCGGACUUUGGCAUCGACUUCAAGUACGACGAGAAGGACGAGGAGCGCGAGCUGGCAAAGACUGCCGGCACACCGGCCUUCUUUGCGCCCGAGAUGUGCUGCACAAACGAGGAGCUGGCCAAGCCGCUCCCGGCCAAUGUCAUCACGCCGGCUAUCGACAUCUGGGCCAUGGGCGUCACGCUGUACUGCCUCAUCUACGGGCGCGUGCCAUUCCGCGCCACGACCGAGUUCGAGCUAUUCAACAUUAUCCCGCGCCAGCAGCUAGAGUUCCCACAGCUGCUCGAAGCAUCAGACUCGCCUAUGUCCAAGAUAAUGCCGCCUCUGGAUUCUGAGCUGCACGACCUGCUGGUGCGCAUGCUGGACAAGGACUUCCGCACGCGCAUUACCAUUGACGAGAUCAAGCAUCAUCCAUGGGUCGUGCGCGAUCUCGCGCAUCCGUCUAGCUGGGCCCACGAGACCGACCCUGUCCACCGCCCGUCGCUCAAUGUGACCCUGCAAGAGGUCGAACAGGCUGUCGUGCCGAAGAUGCGCCAGCAGCAGGACGAGGAGCAGGGCUUCCGCGCGUCUCUUCGCCGCCGUAUCUCGCAGAUGCACAGUACUGCCACGAAGACAAAGUCAUCACUGGACUGGCUCAAAAUCUGGUAA